AUGGCGGAGACUUUCGCAUUCAAUGCAGACAUCCAGCAGCUGAUGAGCUUGAUCAUCAAUACCUUCUACUCCAACAAGGAGAUCUUCCUGCGAGAGCUCAUCUCCAAUGCCUCGGAUGCUCUGGACAAGAUUCGCUACGAAUCGAUCACUGACCCAGACAAGAUCGAGGCGCAGCCCAACUUCUUCAUCAAAAUCAUCCCGGACAAGACCAAUUCGACUUUGACCAUCGAAGACUCCGGCAUCGGCAUGACCAAGAACGAGUUGAUCAACAACCUCGGGACCAUCGCCAAGUCUGGCACCAAAGCCUUCAUGGAGGCCAUGGCGGCCGGCGGCGACAUCUCCAUGAUCGGCCAGUUCGGCGUCGGCUUCUACAGCGCAUACCUCGUCUCGGACAAGGUCCGUGUCGUCAGCAAGCACAACGACGACGAGCAGUACAUCUGGGAGAGCGGCGCCGGCGGAUCCUUCACCGUGCAGAAGGACACUGAGCUGGUGCACGGCGAGAUCAAGCGUGGCACGAAGAUUAUCUGCUACCUCAAGGAAGACCAGUCCGAGUUCCUGGAGGAGCGGCGCUUGAAGGACCUGGUGAAGAAGCACUCCGAGUUCAUCGGCUUCCCCAUCGAGCUGUACGUGGAGAAGUCUAAGGAGAAGGAGGUGACCGACUCCGAGGAGGAAGAGGAGGAGAAGAAGGACGAGAAAGAGGGUGACGAGCCCAAGAUCGAGGAAGUGGAUGAGGAGAAGGAGAAAGAGGAGAAAAAAAAGAAGACCAAGAAGGUGAAGGAGGUCUCGCACGAGUGGGAGCAGCUGAACAAGAACAAGCCUCUCUGGAUGCGCAAGUCCGAAGACGUCACCAACGAGGAGUAUGCCUCCUUCUACAAGUCAUGGUUCAAGGCUAGGAAAAACGACCACCUUGCGGUGAAGCACUUCAGCGUCGAGGGCCAGUUGGAGUUCCGCGCUCUGCUCUUCGUCCCCCGCCGGGCGCCCUUCGACCUCUUCGAGAGCAAGAAGAAGCGCAACAACAUCAAGCUCUACGUGCGUCGUGUCUUCAUCAUGGACGACUGCGAGGAGCUGAUGCCGGAGUGGCUGAACUUCGUGAAGGGCGUGGUGGACGACUACAAGAAGUUUUACGAGCAGUUCGGCAAGUGCCUGAAGCUGGGCGUCCAUGAGGACUCCACGAACCGCACUAAGUUGGCCGAGCUCCUCCGCUACCACACCUCCAAGUCUGGAGACGAGCAGAUCAGCCUGAAGGAGUAUGUCGACCGCAUGAAGGAGGGACAGAACGACAUCUAUUACAUCACAGGUGAGAGCAUCGCGGCGGUAUCUUCCUCUCCUUUCCUGGAGACCCUGCGAAAGAAGGGCAUCGAGGUGCUUUACAUGAUCGACCCCGUCGACGAGUACUCCGUGCAGCAGCUGAAGGAGUUCGAUGGCAAGAAGCUGAAAUCCACCACGAAGGAGGGUCUAGACAUCGAGGACGAGGACGAGAAGAACCUUGGAAGCAUGUACAUUGUUUUCUGCUUGGUUGUUGAAGUCACGCGGAAGAAGCUGGAGGAGAUGAAGGCCGAGUUUGAGCCUCUCACCAAGUUGAUGAAGGAAGUCCUCGGAGACAAGGUGGAGAAGGUCAUCGUUAGCUCUAGGAUGGCCGACUCCCCUUGCGUGCUGACCACCUCCGAGUACGGCUGGUCUGCCAACAUGGAGCGCAUCAUGAAGGCCCAGGCCCUGCGUGACAACUCCAUGACUUCCUACAUGGUUUCCAAGAAGACCAUGGAGUUCGCCGGCCGCAUCCACCGCAUGAUCAAGCUCGGCCUGAGCAUCGACGAUGACGAUGAGGGCCUGGGCGAUGACGACGACCUGCCCCCGCUUGAGGAAGUCGAGGGCGCGGCCGACGAGGCCUCCAAGAUGGAGGAGGUCGACUAG